ACCCAAAACCCCAGGCAAUAGAAAAGCAAUCGAGUCACGAUAUUUCCGGGUCCUAUGACUUAUCAGGUGGUGUCCCGGUGGGAGGAGAUGGAGUUUAUGCUUUCUGUUUGAAUACCCGAAACGUGAAGCUUUCGGAUCUGAAGCACUUCUCCAAACUGUCUGAAGGAGAGGAAGUGCUUGGCAAAACUUUCUUCUCACAACUAAAAGUAGGAGUCGCAAGAGCUGACAGCAUGGCAGGCGGGUCUGUGUCGGAGUGUAGGGAGUAUUUGUUUAAAAUCUUGGUGAUCGGGGAAUUGGGUGUCGGGAAGACGAGCAUCAUCAAACGAUACGUGCAUCAGCUUUUCUCGCAACACUACAGGGCGACCAUAGGCGUUGAUUUUGCGUUGAAAGUCAUCAAUUGGGACAGCAAAACACUAGUGAGGUUACAGCUGUGGGACAUCGCAGGUCAAGAACGCUUUGGGAACAUGACCAGGGUUUACUAUAAGGAGGCAGUGGGUGCGUUUGUUGUUUUUGACAUUACUCGAAACUCUACGUUUGAAGCCGUUUCAAAGUGGAAGCAUGACUUGGACAGCAAGGUGAAACUAGCCAAUGGUGAUCCAAUCCCUUCUGUCCUUCUGGCCAAUAAAUGUGAUCAGAAGAAAGACGGAUCCAACAGCACUUCUCUUAUGGACAACUUCUGCAAAGAAACUGGAUUUUUGGGUUGGUUCGAAACGUCAGCUAAGGAUAAUAUAAACGUUGAUGAAGCUGCCCGAUUCUUGGUGGAGAACAUUCUUCUAACUGACAAAGGCCUUCCAUAUGAGGAGAACAAUGGUGACAAAAUAAAACUGGACCAACACACUGUGCCUGCUGAAAGCAAGUCAGGCUGUUGCUAAUGCGGAUGCACUUGCCAGUCUCAUUAUACCCACAGUGGAAGCAGGAGGUCAGGGAACGAUGCCCCCACCCUACACUACCACCCCACCGUGCAUCCCACAAGAGAAAACCUCUGACAUGGGUCACAUAGUGUACAUAACAAGAGGCUAACUCUUCUCAGUUUUGUCCACCUAAGGAAAAGACCUCAGUGCCAAAUGACAGAUUAUUUGUAGGAAACAUCUUUCUUAUGGCUUUUAAUAACCAGUUUAUAUGUGUCAUUCUUGGUCUGUGACAGUUUUGUACCAUGAAAUGUGGUAUGUAGUGUUUUUUUAAUGUAAAGCAAAUUAUUUGCUUGCAUGAAUGUUUUUAAGAUUGCAUAUUGUAAAAGAAGCUUAAUAAAUGUCAAAGAAGCAGGCAAAUACUGGUAUGAGUAUUUGCAUGGAAUAUUAAACUAUUACAAAAGUUAAGCAGUUUAAAAAGAAUAGUUACCCCUAAAAUGACAAUUCUGUUAUUAUUUAUUUACUUUCCUGUCUUUCUAAGUGUAGACUUAGUACAACACAACAAAUAUUACUAAUAGCUAAGUGUCUUAGAAAAUUAUAGACUCAGAAAAAAGUGCACAAGAACUUUUUAGAGCUUGACAACUUCUGGUCCCAUCCACAUAUAGGAUUUUUGCUAACUACACUUUGUUACUGUAAUGAAAAAGGUCCAAUCAAAGGAGGCAGAGUAAAUAAUGACAGAACUUUCAUUUUGCAUGGAGCAUCUCUGUUUUCUAAGGUAUGACUCUCUUAGUGGGAAUAUCUUUCCCAAAUUUAGCAGGAAAAGGUUCUCAGGAUGUCACUUUAUGGCAAAAUAGUACAUAUAGUACCAAGGCAUAGUAAAUAUAAACUGUGGCUGUCAGAAGAAUCUGUGUCAUCAUCAAUCGUUAUGUUUCACAUAUAAAAUUAUCUUAUGCAAAUAAAAAUGUCAAAAAGAAUGAAUAGUCCUCUAUCAUGAGCCUAUGUUUACUCCAGGAGUAUGUCUAUCUCCAGCUCACGUUAUGUUCAAAUUUGUUGAUUUGUUUUAUUUGGUACUGAAUGAGGGAUGGGGCACCUGUUUUGGUCAUGCCUUUAUACUGCAAUUAAUAGAGGCAAAUAUGCCUUUGUUUCUUAACAGUGAGAAUAAAACUUUUUAAACUGAA